CUUAUAUAUUAAAAGGCAUCGUGUUUAAGAACAAUAUCUUUUAUGCUAUUUAGAUUUCAACCACAUCAUUUCGAUAAUAUUAAACAUUUGGUCCCUGUUUUCCCAACAAACGUGACGUUCCUGCAACACCUACAUCGUUUUGAUUCCAUAAGAGUGCCAGCAACUCAUAGAAUCCGUUUUCGUUCCUGCAACCCAUACAUCGUUUUGAUUUCAUAAGAUUGCCGACAACUCGAAGAAUCCGUUGACCUAUUUCAGGCACGUUUCGUCCGCCACCACUAAAUUACAUCAUCUUCUCCAACACCGUCUCCACCGCCUGUACCCUAUGGUGUAAGAAAUUUCGGUAAGUUGUUGUAUGUUUCGAUUUUAUUAUGAUUUUCAUUCAGUUACACUUCUUUCUAAUCCUAUCGUCUUUUUGAGCGAUGUCUCACACGUUUUGGGUUUGAGGAUCGACAAUUUGCCGCCCAAGAUACAGGAUUUCGAUUUGUUCAAUUUCUGUCGCCAACGACCUCUGCACUCAAUUGUCGCCACCAAUCGCUCGUGUUCUCUGUUGUUGAUUGGAUUUACGUAAAUGCUUUCUUCAAAUGGCUCUAAAACGACGACAUAUGGCUUCUACUUCCAAUAUGAUAGUACCCUGUCGUUCACGUCGAUCACGCAGGAGUUCACUUUUGGAAGAGAUACCAACAUUGCAUUUUUAUUAUGACUGUGGGAAUUGUACCUGUAUAUGUGAGUAUUGUGGGGCUUUUUUUUGGUAUCAUGAGAGAGUAUUGUUUUUAUCCCAAGACAAUCAUCCACGAUAUACAAAAUGUUGUAAGUCGGGUAAUGUAGUUCUUCCUUACCCUCUUCGUCCGCCUAAUGUGCUUAUGCAAUUCUACGAAGACGAUCACUUCAUGCAUAACAUAAGAGCAUAUAAUUCCAUGUUCUCUAUGACGUCUUUUGGUGCAAACGAAGACGACUCAAUCAACAAAGGUCGUGCACCAUAUGUGUUUAAGGUUAGUGGUCAGAUAUACCACUGGAUAGGGUCUUUUUAUCCUCAAGACGUUCAUCAACCCCGUUUUCUCCAAUUGUACAUGUGUGAUACUGAAAAUGAGGUUGCUAAUAGAUUUCAUUCGUUUCAUGGUGAGGGGGAAGUACUUUUAUCUGCAAAUGUUGUAGAUCCCUUAAGUCAUAUGUUACAUACACAUAAUGAGUAUGUUCGUACAUUUAAGACAGCGAAAGAAAUAGCUCGGUCAAUGAAUUUAGAUUCAUAUGGUGUACGUUUAUUUAAUGUUGUACCUGACAGAAGAUAUGGGCCACCGACCCCUGGAAGUUUAUGUUGUAUUGUUUGUGGUGAUGACGAUAUUGGGGCUGUCUAUGACAUUGUUGUCUAUUCAAAAUCUGGGUCACCUCAUCGUGUCAGUAAGCUUCAUCCUACUUACAUGCCUUUGCAGUAUCCAUUACUAUUCCCAUAUGGUGAAUAAGGAUGGUCUCCUACCUUGCAUCUACGUAUUAACUCUAACAGAAGUUUGACAAAUAAUAUGUAUUACAGUUAUCAAAUUCAUGACCGACACACUUACUCUCUUAUUUUACGUUCACGUCGGCUUUUCCACCAGUAUUUAGUGGAUGCCUAUACUUGCAUUGAACAAUCUAGGCUUGACUUUAUUGAACAACAUCAACAACAAUUACGUAUAGAGUACAUCAGCGGUGUUUACGAUGCUUUGUCCAAAGGUGAUACAGAUAGUCAUGUCAUUGGAAAACGUGUAUUUCUACCUGCAACUUUCGUUGGGGGACCUAGGUAUAUGUAUAAACACUAUCAAGACGCUCUUGCCAUUUGCAAGGUUCAUGGUAAGCCACAAUAUUUCAUCACUUUCACUUGCAAUGUUAAAUGGCCUGAGUAUAGAAGAUACAUGGAUGCUAUUGGUCAACGAGAUAUUCAAAACAGACCAGAUAUCAUUGCACACAUCUUUAGAAUCAAAGUUCGUGCUUUCAUUAACUUCCUUAAAGAGGACAAAAC